AUGUCCACGCAUCUGCUUCCCGACCUCUGCUUGUACGGUCUGCAGCAGAUCCGCUCCUUUGCCGUCUCACUUGAUCAGGACCGACUCGGCAUACGAGCACUGGCCCGCUCCAGGGUCCAGCGCCUGACACUCCGCGCCAGAAGCCGGCAAUCCCUCCAGCAUGGCUAUGGUCCAGCCCUAUUCGAUGCCUCUCAAGCGCAGACCCACUUCGAGAAGGACUUACUCCCCUUCGUCCGCGUUCUUCUCUCAAACUGCCACGCUCUCCAAGAGCUCCAUCUCGAAGGCGUUCCACGCGGCCUCCACCAUCACUUCUCCCGUCUGGCGCCUCACCUGACCACGUACGACUGCCUGAUGGGCCACUACGGCGCCGACAUUGAGCGCGACUUCUGGCUUCCCUCUCGCUGGACCCAGCUCCGCCAUCUGCAGCUCCACGGUCCGCGCUUUCGCUUCACACCGAGCGUAGCGACAGCACUAGCGUGCCUUCCGCAGCUGACGAGGCUCGGCCUGGUCGUGCCCAUGAUCGUCUCUUCGCCUUCCUCGCCUUUGAAGGAGUCCGGCGGGGUGGAGCUCGACAUGGCGGGCAGCAUCAAUCCGAUCCAGAUUCUCAUCGAUCGGUGCCCAUCUCUCGAGAUGCUGCUGCUCGUUGGGCAUGCCGAGAGUGAUUACGUCGGCUUUACGGAAAAGUACCGACGCUGGCUACGCAGGCUGCGUCGACCGCGUUUGAACGAUACAAAGGUGCGCCUGGAGCUCGUCACUGUCCUACGCCGCGAAGCGCACGACGAGAGCUAUGGUGCGUCGAGAACAAGGGUGCAUCCGUGCGAAGUGAGCGCAUGGACCAUGGGUCGCGCUCGACAUGGUCUGCAGUGGUUCGACGGUGCGCAACAGGAGGUGAAGGACGAAAAGCUGGAUUACUGGACAGAGUCAUUCGAGCUAGCCGAUCACCCUUCGAACCCCUCGACUGUUGCCACGACCAGCGCGACUUCAGCGUUGAUGAGCAGGACCGGCAGCAACUCGCCUCUCUCGGCCGGUGACGCCAAUGGUCGCAUUCAGCAACGCGCACGACAGCAUCAGCUUCGAACCCAAGUCGACGACGCCAUAGAAGCGGUCGACAUGCUCUCUGACGAUGAGGUCAGCUCGGACGAGCCUUAG